AUGCGGCUGAGAUCCAGCAUCACGACGCCUACUCGUCUUGAGGACGAGGAGCCUGUCACUCCUAACAACCGCAAUGGCACCAAACCCGCUCACCCUGGUCUGAUGAAAGCCAAAGCUACCCCCUUCAACCCUAACAAUCCUCCAGCGGCCUUCCCGUCUCUCCCACUGACAUCAAUGGCAAUGUCUGUGGAGAACAAACCUGUGUCUGAAGCUACGACUACCGGGGACAAUGAGACAGAGAACUCCCUCCCUGACCAGGGCAGCCUCGCCGGCAUUACUUCGGACAUUCAUGGACAGGAAGAUUCCCAGAUUCAGACAAGCCAGAUCGGUGUGAAAGUCGAGCAAGACGACACUCAGCAAGACCAGACUCACGAAGAAGUGACUCAGAAAGACGGAUCAGCUGACGAUGUCGUGGCGCGGGCGACUGCCAACCAAGACAGUGCAACAACCGCGACGUCCUCGACCACCACUCAGACUGUAAGCAAUAAUGACCAGACUGCUGAGCGCGAUUCGAACCCCUCCCAGCAGACACUGAGUAGUGGUGCGGCUCACGGAAUUGAGAACCAAAAUGCAGCAGCAACCACGAUGUCGACAACUAAUGACUCUCGUGCCGUGCGGCGAGUCAACUGGAACGAAUUGUCCCUUUCAAUGCAGUACCAUAUCUACAAGGCUCUUAAAGAGUAUCCUGUGCACCCGAGACACAUAAUUCGACUCUUGGGCAUGAACCCGAGUCAAUUUGCUCAGAUCGAGCAUGCUGUUAGCUUGAGAGCUCUGCAUCCAGCUUCGCUCGUGGACCUCUGGGCGUUCUGUGCAAGUAUCAGCAUACCCAUUCCAGGCAUCCAGCCAGGCAUGGACGGCUACCAGAUCAUUGACCCCGACGUCUUCAAAGAGUACGCCGCUUAUUUCACCUUUACUUGCAAGUACGACUGUGCCUUCGACGGUGAAGUCCGCCUUGCCAGGAGGUUCUUGAUGGAUCACAAUCUCUCACUCGCCUUUAUGGGACAAUGGGAGCUCGAUCCGUAUGGCAGCGCAUUUCUCCAGUUCGUCCCUCAUGUGCCAAGCACCCGCAUGACUCCCUUGGCAAGAGCCUCAAAUGUCCCACGACCAUUGUCUGAUCCAGUGCAGAAUCCUGCUCUACUUCCGGUUCGCGGGCGACCUGGACUCAUUAACCCUGUUAGGCCGAGCCAGCGAGCAGUCACAGCAAGAAAUGCUCUUCGUCACCCAGCCUUGCGUGGUCAGCCUGUCCUCCCUUCUGAUCCAGCCGCCGCUCAACACGCUCGUGAGUUGGUCGAUCAGAGAACUCAGCCAGCAGGACGACAACGUCAUCCCCUUGCUCAGGUCUCUACGCCUGGAGAGUCACCCACUCCUCCUCAGACCGGACAGCAUGGCGCACAAGACAUCGUCCAGCCAGUGCCUACAGUAACCAGAAACGCUGCUUCUCGACGAACCCGACAGUCCCGCUUGAGAUCGUCAGGUGCGCCUUCUCCACCCGACCUGGCGAAUGUGCCAAUCUCCAGCAACACAAACUCUCAUCAAGACCUACCAUCUGGCUCAAAGUCAAAGAACGCGCCACAGCGUACAAAGGGCAGCCGCCCUCAAAAGAAGGCUAAUGCGAAGAGAGGUGACGUGACCGUGCAGGACCAGUCGACCUCGAGCCCUACGUCGGCCUCUGUGCGCUUGGUUCUUAAGAUCGACAAGAAAGAUGGUUUGGCUCAAGUCGUUCGAGACGCACCGUCAAAGACAGCUGAUGCCACUUCUUCGACGGGUGCUCUCAAGGGUACAGCGGCGUCUGAUGUAGCCCAGAACGAUACCGUCCACGCCCCUCCGACUGUUUCUGCUAGAGCCCUGCCUUUUUCUACCACGAUGUCCGGCUUCAACCGUGGUCUGAUGAUGGGAUUUCCUUCGAGCUCAGUUGCUGCCGGCGCAGCUGAUAGCGUCUUCGCUAUUCCUGCAAUACGUGCUCCGGCUAACCGUGAUGCAAAUCUUCACCAUCUGAUCAAGGCCGCUCCGGAACAUCCAAAGAGAAAGGCUUCCCAAUCGGACAUUCGUUCAAGGGCUAGCAAGGCUCCCCGGACGAAGGUCGCUGAUACUGACGCGACCCCUGCACAUGGACUCGUGGCUGCUGGCAUAGACAAUACUGAUCGCCUUGAUAGCGAAGCAAACGAGGCUUACGAUUUUGGCAAUUAUCUGAGGGACAUUGCUAGUGCAAUCGAUCACCGACCCCUACCAUCUCCCACUUUCUCUGCCAUUUCCGAGAAUGCAGAUCUGCCCGAGUUCCAAGCGCUUCUCGAACCAGUCAAACACCGCCUGCGUGGCAAGCCUGGCGAGGCCCUAGCCUUUAGCAUGGUGGCAACUUCCGAGGGAGGAGAUGUUGCUGUGUCGACACCUUCGACACCCGUUGCAGAGCUGCAUCUUCUUCAGAAUAUCCCUUCACCUACAGCCAGCGGAACGGGUGAAAGUGUUCAUGAUGGCACCAGCAAGAAGAGCAGCAUCCCGACCGAGACCAGCAAGAAGCCCAUGAACAAGCUGCAGAAGCUCAAACUCAUCGUCGGUCCGCUCAGCCAAACUCCUACCCUUCGCCGCUCAGGCCGAAACUCAGCAUCUGUCCGUGGCAGUAGCUCCACCAUGGGUACUGGAAUGGUUGGUCAUGCACGCACUCCUGCCACCUUGACCUCUACUACGCUCGAGGCCACCAAGGAGGAGGCAGUCAAGCGGCGGAGAUCGGCUAGAUUGGCCAGAAAGUCUUUGGUGAAGAAUGAGGAAGAGAACUGA